CCCGUUUCAGGAAUGGCCCAAAUCUAGGGUUCUCGAGAGGGGUCGACCCUGUUCAUUCUUGAAAUUUUAUCCAGUGGGAAUAGCAAAAUUUUGCGUGAAUCACGGGCGCAAUGCAGAAAAGAGCUCCGGCGUCGAGUCCCCUGGCAAUGUCUUUACUCGGGCACGCCCGCAGAAGCAGGCGGGAUUAUUUCAGUAGCUUCGAGCCGCUUCACGCUUGCCUGUGGAGGCGCCGCCGCGCCUCGCCUAUUCGGACCACGUGACGACCCGAGCCCAUUUGGCCCCGGUUAUGAAUUUUCCAGAAACGGCCACACCUAGCUAACUAGUUUCGUGCGUGAGGUUGGUAGCCCUCGGCCCGUCAAGAAAGACGCCGGGAGUACAACAGUAGUUCGUCACUACAUGAAGCCGUCAGCGUCCCCUCGCAGCUAGAAGUACAAGUAGGAGUAUUUGUCGCUCGCGCCGCCGUGGAGGGGGCACAACGGCGCGGGAUAUUCUUCAUAACUAUAGAGCAGUAGAAAUUUUAGAAACGGAGAGACCAAAGGAAUGCUGUGCGAAAGGCAGCGCGCUAACUAGAAUAGGGAAUCCACAGCGCCCCAACGAUUUUGCCUUUGAGGAAGUACGUCCGUCGCCAAAUAGGGUCCUGGGGGUUUCUGGUAGAAAGACCCCCAGGCAGAAUGAAAUAUGACCCCCCGGCAGACAUAGAUCCCGAGCGUGGGAGGUAGAUCCCCAGGGAGAAAGAUCCCCAAGUAGAUAGAUUCACAGGAGGGCUCCCAGGGACGGAGACACACCCCCAGGGACAUACAUUCUCAGUGAGAAACUUAGAACCCCAGGGAGAUAGGUGCCCAGGGAUGUAGUUUUCUUCUAGGGAAAUAGCCCCCCAGGUAGAUUGAUAACAUAGACCCCAGGCACUGACGCAGGUAAACCCCCAGUGAAGUAGGGCCACAGGUUGGCAAGUAGCCCCCCAGGUAUGGGAAGGCUUUCAGCGGUAGAUCCCACGGUAUGGGCAGGAGCUGCGCCCCCUGCGCUCGGGGGCUGGCUUUGUUCUAUCUGCCGGGCAGAACUGGCAGCGCCUUCUUUCGCUUUGCUAGCUUUCCCUUCCCACCCUCGGCCGGCAGCGCCGCUUUAGUUGGAAGGCAAAGGGGCCGCGAGCAUGCCAGCAAGCAAGCUGCAUGACCCGGAGGCCGUGUUGGCUUUGUGCGCCUUCCCCUCAGAUAUAGAAUGAUCUCUCAAGAGCGCCGCUGUGCCACAUUCGUUCCCCCAAGCAGGCUGGCCCGGGUGGCGUUCUCCCGCGAAACCCCCGCGGUGCCUCCUGUUUCUUGCCUUCCUUCGGGCCUGCAGUCGUGCGCGUGGCCCCACUUCUCGCCGGGCCAGGCCCCGUUUAUUGUAGAAAGACGCCGGGAGUACAACAGUAGUUCGUCACUACAUGUUAUCGCCGCCGAGGCGGCGGUAGUGAGGUCACGCUGGG